AUGAAGCAAAAAUUCAAUAGCCAAACGACACACUGCUCGCGUACAGCAGAAAAUUUAAAAAAUGAGUGGGAGUAUAUGAAAAAAAGGCCAAAAAGGAGGAGUCAUACAGGAGGAUGCAUAGAAUCCAAACAGGUGGUGGACCAACAAAUCCAAAGAAAGAAGAGAGAGAUAGAUUCCAAAAUCAUAUCAUUAAUUAGAACAAGUGCUGUUGGGCUUUUCAACCAUUUUGACAAUUUUGAGACUGAACUUAAUGAAAUUCAAAAGACUGGGAUCGACUCGAACAAAGUAUUAAUGCAGGAUUGGAGUGAUUAUACUCCCGAAACGUUAAGAACUCCUGAAAAAAUUAAAACUGAGCUAUUAUUGUUGGAGUUAAGACAAAAACAGAGUGAAUAUCAAGAAGAGAACAAGGAAAAUUCAGAGGAAAUGUAA